AUGGAUUCCACCGAGGAUUUGCACGACCAAUCAAGGACUACGGUGUUGACAUUCGCACCAUCCAUUACUCAUGUAGAAGAAACUAUGUCGAUUUCGCAAAUCAUGGAUUACAGACUUUACUGGAUGCGAGAUAAAGUCUCUAAAUUUCUCGGUCUUAAAGACGGAGGCCCCUUAUUCGAUGCACUAAUAAAUAGAAACGACAGAUUCUUCGAAGACCAAUUACUAACGUUUUUUAUGACGAACUUAUACGGUGUUAUGGACCUGGACAAGAAGGUCAUCUUCUUUUACAAGACCUAUCACGAGGAGGUCGUACAAGAGGAGAUCACAAUCUGGGAAGAAAGCCACCGUGCUAAGAUUUCUGCAAUCACGGUAAUCAGUUCACGAAUGAAACCUCAACGGCUGACGAAAAGUGCCCCUGCGAAAGCAGCAGAUAAAUCUGUGGACGACGAUAAAUCUACGGAAAAAAAGGCUCCUAAAGACAAGAAGCUCAAAAAAUCAAAGUCGCGUUCGAAGUCCGAUUCAAAGAUAGAAGAGAACAAUAGCGCUGGAAUAAGUAUUGCCGAGUCUACUGUCACGGCUUUUGAGCAAUCGACAAGUAGCGCUCACGAAGAGGAUCCUAGUAAAACAGAGUUAUUAGACACAGUGAAAUCGUCAGAAGUUGCAGCUAACGCCGAACCUAAGGAUAGAGAAAAAACCAAAUUCCCCAUGGAAUCUUCAAUAUUUAUUCCACCGCCCGGUGAAGAGCACAAGUACGUUAUGACAAAAAAAAUGGUAGAGAAGACAGUGCAGAUUCCGGAAAUUCACUUAAUCUUCGGCCAGUUGGAUCCUCAAAACGUUGAACUACAAGAUAAAAACAUAGUGUAUUUUAUGAGAACCAUCGAGGAUGCAGUGCCAGCGUUUGAAACUCUUGCUGAGUGUAUGGCUGAAAUGCCUGACUAUAUGGUUAUGGGUUCCAUGGGUGGGAGAUUCCUAGCAAGCUUAGAAAAACUUUUAGUUCACGUUUUCACACCGCUAGUUGAAAAACAAUUCCGCGAACCUAUGAUCCCAUCACCGCAGGAAAUGGACGAGGAGCUGCAUAAGGAUCUUGAACCUACCAAUACUCAGGCCGGUGAACUUGCUCAAAAAACGCGAAGGCUGAGCAUGAAAACGACGACUACGGCAAUAUCGAAGCCAUCGAAUUUCCGUAGAAUAUCGGUCGCCAUCUUAAAAGUAAAGUCUGAUUCCGAUGGCGUAAAUACGUCUCAGAGGAGUUCUCGUUUCGACGACGGCGAUUUAAGGUCCGAAAAGUCUACGGCAUCUAUAUCCAGUGCAACUCACAGUACAAAAACCAAAGAGAUUCCACGGGAAGAACCCAACAAAAAAGAGCUUUUAGCAGCCCUCGAACGUCUCACGCAAAGCGUGCAGUGGACAAUUGAGCAUACGGAAGGAGAUAUCUUACUUCAGAUACCGAAGAUAGCAGGCCUGACAGAUCCCACGAUAACUAACGCAAUGUUCUGUAGCAAUGCGAAUGCAGUAACACAGCUCGAAGACGUAGUUAUAUCUUGGGAGCAUCAUAUUAAGACGGUUAUCAAUAGUUUUACAAACAAAGUUCCACAUGGAAACGGUCCCUUGGCGGAGUAUAAUUAUUGGCAUGACCGAGAGAAUGGGCUUUCCAUCCUGGUAGAACAACUCAAAACGUCGGUCGUCAAGCGGAUAUUUGUACUACUCAAUGAAGCAAAAUCGCAGAUACCUAGCGGAUUUAAUUAUUACCGCUCAGACUUGUUGAAACUUUUCCACGAGGCUUCGGAUAAUGUAAAGUUUCUCUUCACUAUAACCAGGCACUUCAAGACGAUCGCGGAGUCGGACAACUUUAAAUCCAUCACCGAUCAGAUACCUUCUCUUAUGGAGGGAUUGAAGAUGAUGUGGAUACUUUCGCGAUACUAUUGCACUGAAGAGAAAAUGUCUCCCUUAUUUGAACGAAUAGCUUGGCAGCUUUGUCAAAAUGUUACAAAGCAUUUGGCUGUCAAGAAAUUGUUUAGGUAAAAAACCAAUCGCAUUCAGGUUAUGAAGAAAACGAACGAAGCCUACGAUAUGCUGAAACAAUGGAAAAUCGCCUAUAUGAAGACCAGGAAAUCUAUCGAGUUAUCUGGAAAGGGGGCUCGUUGGGAAUUUGAUAAAAACCGUCUGUUCAAAGAGACGGAGUACAUUGCCAGCGUGUGCAAAGAUUUGAACGAAGUCUGCGGCGUGUUGCAGGAUUUUUAUAACAUAUUCGGUGCUGAGUUGAAAUCUAUCAUGAAUAAUCCUGAACAAAUAGACAGUGUAAUAAAACGCGUGGAUAAACUUGUAGUUCCGAUACAGCAGGCUGAUUUUGACUUGUAUACCGAAUUCAACAAGGAGAAUUGGGAGGUUUUGAUGGCUUCGUUUUACGGUGAAGUUUCCUCCCUGGAAAACGAAGCUAAAUUUUUUAUCAAUGGCUGCUUCUCCGUUCUCAUAUCAGCAGAAGACGCCAUGGAAGCUCUCCUGAAGUUUAAAAAUAUGAAAACGCGAGAUGCGAUUCAAGCACAAUUGCUAUCAAAAUUUGACGUCGUGAUGCAGCAGUUCACCAAAGAGAUCACUGUAGUGGGUCAAACGUUUAACAGAGGAAAACGGAACCCACCACUCCUCAGGUAUCAUCCACCUGUGGGCGGUGGAAUAUUUUGGGAACGGCAGCUUUUUCACCGUCUAAAAAGAGUCGUAUUGAAAUUUCAAAACGUCAAGGAACUCAAGAAUAGUGAAUUGAAAAUUCUAGCUUUUGAAAAGUAUCUAAACAUCGCCAAGCAGAUGAAGCUUUUCGAAGAUACGAAGUACAGUCAAUAUGUCGAAACGGCUGUACCGAUCGUUGAAAAUACUUUGAAGAAGAGCGUUCUAACCAUCGUACCUUGCGAACGACAGAAAGGCAGUACUCCUCGAAAAUUUAGGCUUUGAAUUGCCAGCUGCAAUAAGAAACGCUGG